AUGUGGAAGGCUCUGGCUCUAUGGACAAGGUGGAAGGAGCAGCAAAAGAGAGAAGAUGGAAGUUGUUUGAUGGGGGUUUUUAAUCAAGCUGCCAAAAAUGAUCAUCUGUCUAAUCAGAAUAGUAAAAUCAGACAAAAGCGGGAAUGGAUUGUUCCACCAGCUAUGAUUUCGGAAGAGGAUGACAGUUUGACGAUAAAUCCAAUUGCUAGAAUAACUUCUGAUCAUGCAGAUGAUCCAGGGGUGGUAAUUACUUACACAAUUUCUGGCCAAGGAGUGACGGAACCACCUUAUGGAUUGUUUGUUAUCAAUGGAAAAACUGGAGAACUGAACAUAACAAGAAAAGUUGACCGAGAAAAGACUCCAAUGUUCUAUCUUAGAGGUUAUGCACUUGAUCAGAAUGGGAAAAAUGUGGAAGAGCCAAUAGACCUGAGAAUUAAAGUUAAGGAUAUAAAUGACAAUUACCCAGUGUUUUCAGAGGAAAUUUUUACUGGCUCUGUUGAAGAGUUAAGUGAAUCAGGUACACUUGUGAUGAGGAUAAAUGCAACUGAUGCAGAUGAGCCGAAUAAUAUAAAUUCCAAAAUUGCUUUCAAGAUUCUUCAAAAUCAGCCAUCUUCAUUCAGUAUUAAAAAAAACACCGGCGAGGUUGUAACAGCAACAUUCUAUCUUGACAGAGAGGAACAAAGUAGCUACGCUUUAACUGUAGAAGCAAGAGACAGAGAUGGAGACAAAACUGGGCUAGCUACAACCUGUACUGUAAAAAUCCAGAUUUUGGAUGUCAAUGACAAUAUUCCUGUUCUUGAAAGGCAGACAUAUGAAGGCAGUGUCGAAGAAAACAGAGCAAAUGUGGAAGUUAUGCGACUGCAAGUAUCUGACAAAGAUGAAAAAUUCUCUGAUAAUUGGCUGGCAAACUUUACAAUUGUCUCUGGGAAUGAAGGGGGUUAUUUCCGUAUAGAGACAGAUGCUCAAACAAAUGAAGGAGUUUUGACUCUUGUAAAGGAGAUCAAUUAUGAGGAAAUGCAAAGCAUGAACUUGAGUGUUGUCGUUGCAAAUAAAGCAGCAUUUCACAAAUCAAUUAGUAAUACCUACAAAGUAAAACCAGUUCCAGUCACAAUUAAGGUGAAAAAUGUGCUAGAGGGCCCUGUAUUCAAACCCCACGCAAUGGUGAUUAAGACAAAUGAGACUAUGAUGAUAAACCAGAUUAUUGGGAGAUAUCAAGCCUAUGAUGAAGACACUUCAAAAGUAGCAGAACAUAUCACAUAUGUAAAAAAAAAUGAUAAAGAUAAUUGGAUCAUGAUCGAUUCUUCUACAGCUGAAAUCAGGCUAAUAAAAAUACCUGAUUAUGAGUCAUCUUAUGUAAUUAAUGGUACCUACACUGCCAACAUUCUGGCCAUAACUAAUGAUUAUUCUAAGAAAACAGCCACUGGUACCAUUGUAAUUCAGGUUACGGAUGCCAAUGAUAAUUGUCCAAUCAUUGUGACUCCAGUACAGAUGGUGUGUUCAGAUGCAAAGUUCUUCAGUUUUACAGCUAAAGAUCGAGAUGCUUAUCCAAAUAGUGCUCCCUUCACUUUUACUGUCAUUGAUGAGCCUGAAGGGAUGGCAAAGAAAUGGGUAAUUGGAGACACAAAUGCAACAACCAUGCAGCUGUUACUACCACAAGAUGUAAAGCCCGGCACAAAUCAAGUUCAAAUUUUAGUGAAAGAUAUGCAAGGUUUAAGCUGUGCUGAAAAGCAGAUCCUUACAUUGAGAGUUUGUACGUGUGUGAAUGGGGGUUCCUGCCAAGACAGACUAAGCGACUCUUCAGUUGGGCUAGGAGCUGGAGCAAUUGCACUAAUUAUCUUAGCAAUUUUAUUGUUGCUACUUGUGCCACUCUUACUGCUGUUUUGCAAUUGUGGAUCAGGUGCUAAAGGAUUCACAGCAAUACCUGACAGUAGUGAAGAGAUGUUACGUAAAUGGAACAGUGAAGGGGCAGCACCUGAAGACAAGGCAAUGCUAACCAUCAUCACUCCCACUGCGCUGGACAACUCAGCAGCAAAUAUGCGCAGUGGAGCAGCAGCAGCAAUGGGUGCAGAGGCAGCUGCUACAGGAGGAGGCAGUUCUCAGUCCCAUAUUGAAGGACGCUACGGUAAUGCUAAUAUGAGCAAUGGCAGAUGGGAAGAACAAAGACAUCUUCUUUCUGGUGCAAAAUAUGGGGCCAUGGCAGCUGGCGGGGCCAUGGCAGCUGGCGGAGCCAUGGCAGCCGGGGGGGGCAUGACAAUGGGAGCUGGAACGACCAUGAUGAUGGGAGCUGGACGGGCCAGGACGGCAGGACCUGAAGUGGGCAUAGAUGAAGAAUUUUUGAGAGACUACUUUAAUGAGAAAGCUGACACUUUUGCUGAUGAAGAUGAAGCUCAAGUAGCAAAAGACUGUCUCUUGCUUUACUGUCAGGAAGAAGCAGGCUCCUCACAUGGUUCCAUUGGCUGCUGCAGCUUUAUUGAAGAUGACUUGGAUGACCAUUUUCUGGAUGAUUUAGGAGAUAAAUUUAAGACCCUAGCAGAUAUCUGUCUGGGCAAACAUGCAGAAGUGGAAGUCGGCCAAUGUAGUUCCCAUGUGUUGAAAGACAGGAAUGCGAGUCCAGCCAUGAAUGAGUCAAGCUUGUGUCUUAAUGAUGCAUUGCCACAGUUCUUAGAUCAGCAAAAUGCUUUCAGUUCAGAACAUACCUAUUCUUUAGGCACCAGCUUCCAACCACCCAAGCCUAUGCAUAGAGUAAAUGGCAUAGGUUCAGAAACUAUGACACGGGAGGUGGUCACUGAAACAUCCUAUGCCUCUAGGCCUGGCCUGCAACAAGCUAGGCCUCUUGUUGAUCCCUUGGCUAACAGCAAUGUUAUAGUGACAGAAACAUCCUCUGUUGCUGGCCCCACGGUGCGACCCACCACAGGUGUUCUUGAUCCGCAGUUCCUUGUAACAGAAAGAGUGCUCGCCCCAGCAUCUGGGUUGCAGGAGAUGUUAGAAAUCCCUGACUUGCCAAAUGGACAUAAUGUUAGGGUAACCGAAAGGCUGAUUAGGUCAGAUGACACUAUGCCUGGAGUCUUAAAAGUUCAUGACUUCCCUGAUUCACAGUAUGUUGUUGUGAGGGAGAGGGAGAGGCUGCUUGUACCUAGUUCAGAUCUAAAGACCUCACUAAGCAUUCCCAAUUUAUCAGAAAGGCAGAAUGUGGUGAUAACUGAAAGAGUGGUUACACCCACCUCAGGGCUGCAGGCUAGUUACACAACUCCAGCUGAGGUUUUAGGGAUGCAAAGCAUAAGAGGGCAGACCACCAUUUCUGGAUCUGGAAGGCAGGAGCGUAUACUAAUCACAGACCCCCUCUCUAACCAAACAGGCUUAGGUUUGGAGGAUUCUUCUACCAUAAGUAAGUCUUCAAAUAUCAGAAAAUACAGCACUGUACAGUAUACUCGCUCAUAAAAUAUAUAUCCCUAGCUCUGCUAGGCAUCAUUUAUAUCUCUACCAGCAACACUGGCAACUUUUUAGUAUGUCAAGAUCUCAACUUUCUUGUGCUUUUAAAAAUGGCAUGAAUUUUCUUACAGUAGUUUCUGUAAAUAAGAAAUAUGACCAGGGAAAAAAGCAGCUGACUGUACAGUGUUUUAUAGCAAUGCUUUCAAGAUGGACAAUGAAUAGGAAUGUUUCCUUAUUUUUUCCUUCUACUACUGUAUAGUUCAUCACAUGUAAGAUAAUGCUGAUGCAGACUAAACCCGUCACUCACACGCAGAAAACGAUAUAAUUAGAAAGCCAGAAAAGUCUUGAAAUAAAUUGUAAUGACCAACAAAAAAUGUUGUUAAACUAAAUUUCUAUGAACUGUUUGUCUCCUAUGUUCUAACGUGUCUUGCAAGGAGCUCUGGAACUUAGUCAUCAAUUUCAUUCCCUCUCAUCUAAAAGGGCCAGAAACAACUUUUCUCCACAGAGAUGGGGGCUGUCUGUAUAUGCAAUAUACCAGGCUCCAGAGAUUUACGAAUGGAAGAAUUUGUCAGAAUUCCAUAAAUAAUUUGAGUCAGAUAAUGAUCUCUAGCUGUGAGGUGCACACUGCCUCAGAGCUAGGAAAACCUGUUCCUGAGAAUGCACCCCAAAGAGAAGUAGGUUUGCUGGUGUUCGACACAUGUUCCCUUCACACAGGAGGACCAGAUCUUUCGACAUCUAAUCUGAAUUUUGAUUAAUGCCCCAUCUUUCCAUUACAUAUUUACCUUUUUAAGGAACACUUUAAUAUCAUAGCCUUGAAAAUAACUAAACUUGAAAAAGAUAAAACUGUUUAACAUGUUACCUUGAAAAAUUAAUUUCCAUUGGGCAGGGAUGGUGUCCCUAGCCUCUGUUUGUCAGAACCUGGGAAGGGGUGAUGGGAUGGAUCACUUGGUGAUUACCUGUUCUGUUCAUUCCCUCUGGGGCACCUGGCAUUGGCCACUGUAGGAGGAUAGGAUACUGGGCUACAUGGACUUUUGGUCUGACCCAAUAUGGCUGUUCUUCUGUUCUUAUCUCUUCUCUGUGAAUUUUGGUUAUUGUUAUAGUUUAAUGCUUACAUAAUAAAAUUAAAAGGAAUUUUUUCCUGCACUGAUUCCAGUCCAGGCACCAAGAAGAAUGUGCCUUUAUAUAUGAAAAUUUGUGUUGCAAUAUUUCCUCAAGACUCCUAAAUAAUUUGCAGAUCUUGUCUGUGAAGAUCUUCUGUCUCUUUCCACACUUUGCCAAAAUAAAUGUGCCACACCGUAAGCCAAAAUAAAAGUAAAAUAGAGGGGCACAGUCCUGCUGAGAAGCCAAGCAGCCAAAAUUGUUAUGUUCCCAGAAAUGCUGCGUAUGGGACUCACAGGAGUGAUAACCAGAAGCUGUGAAAUCAGCAUUUCCUGUCAUUCAAAGCAAUGCUUGCACCUUGGCAGGUAGUUUGGAGAGUAAGUAGCAAGAAGCUAAGCUGUCUGCAGACCACUGAAUACUGAAGAAAGUCAGUUACUUUUUGACAUAUUGUACCAGCUUUGAUAUAAUGCACAUAAGCAUUUUAACCUUCCAUAUUUUUGCUUACUUUUAUUGGUCAUUAAAUAACACAUGAAGCAAACCUAGUUCUCCCUCUUCUUUCCACCACUGUGAGCAGAGAUGUAGGGCCAGAGAUUCAGGCAUAUUUGAGAUCACGUAGACAUGUAUAGGACCUGAUUUGCAGAUGCAAUCAGGUAAGUGACCUAAAUCAUGUUGUAAAAUUACAGUCACAAAACUGGAGGUGCAGGUUAAAAUUUGACAUCAAGAGCCAGAUCCUAUUUCCACUGAAGUCAAUGCUAAAAUUCCUGCUGACUAUACUGCUUCAUGACUGGGGCCUUGCUUAUAUUUGAUGAGAAAUGAGGGAGCUGUACAAUUUUUACAGAACUUUCAGUUAGUCCUUUCAUUUUUUUCUUGAUAUUUAACUAUGGGGAAAAGGGAAACACAUUUACUCAGAAAAAAGGAGGGGAAAGUAAUGUAGUGUAUAUAUUCAGAAUGUAAAUAUUUAUUUUUAUGAAAUUUGGGAAAACCCAAGUGAAUUUUGUUUAAAAUCAAAGCUGGAAGGUGCUAUGAAUAGGAGAAGUCACCUUAAUGGUUUUUGGAACAGUCAUGACACAGUAAAAAUAUAACAAGGGUUGUUAAUUACCGUUUUAUUAUGCACUUGAAAGAUAUGGGACUGGUUAAGUGAAGCAGAUGUAUAAGUAUGUAAGGGACUGGGGCCUUCGACUGCAGAGACAGGACUUCAGUGGUUCUGAUUAUUACUUUCAGUUUCACUCUAUUUCUAAUCAAAUUUUAUCCAAUUGCAUUGCUGUGUAUUGCCAUGUUAUUUUCUGCCUGAAAUUUUUUUAAACAAAGAUAUGUUUAAAAUGGGGAAAAAUACUAAGAAGUGUGAAGAAAGCAAUUUAAAACAGAAACUUGUAUUAUAUUUAAAUAGAGGGAAAUAUGAAAAUGAGAACUAUAGUCUUUUUUCAGCACAGGGUAUGUAAGUAUGUACCUAAUUUAAGCACAUGAAUAGUUCCAUAUAAGUCAGUGAAAAUACUCAUGUGCUUAAAUUUGGCAUGUUUUAAGUACUUGCUGAAUUGGGGUCUAUCUCUCUGGUUUUUGUUUUUAAUGUAUAUGGCAUAGACUUGUAUUUCAUUCUAAGCAUGAAUUUUGAAUGGAUAACUGUUCUUUUUUCCUACAUGUAGAGGAAAUGAAUUUAUGCUGGUUUUAUAUGUGGCCUUUUUUGCAGUGAUUUCUAUAUUUUUAUGGAACUUCAAAUAAAGGAAGAUGCUGAUA